AUGGAGUAUGAAAAGUUCAUUUUCAACAGAAGAACACCUGUUAAUCCUUUCACUCCCAGAUCUCAAAAGUAAUUCUCCUUACUGUCUGCCAUACAGUUCUCAUGAUGUUUGUGAGGAGAAUUUGGUUUUGAAUCAACUAAUAAUUGCCUGACUGAUAUAUUUCUUUAUUCUUAUCACUUGUCUUCUUGACAUUGUAUUGAUAUUGUAGAGAGAAAAUCUGUCUUGGUCACUCUUGGGAGUUAAAUGGUUAAGGUACUGCCCUGUGGACUUGUGGUGUCUAGAGAAUGUCCAAUUUUAGGUGCCACCCUGAAUGCACAAGUAUUUGACUUUGGCUGUGUUGAUUACUUUGGGAUAGCAGAAGUAAAAUGCCUGUACACCAAAUAUCGUGUUACACCACUUGAUGCUUGCACAGAUGCAAAGUUCUUCAUGGAACAGAUAGGUGCUUCUGAGUGUAAAUUGAAGGAGAAACCACCUGUACUAUGCCCAAGUCCAAGGACAUAUGGCAGUUGUGGGAGCAAGGUGGUGUGACAUUAUUGUUUUUACCAGCAAAGGAAUAUAUGUCCAACGCAUACUUUUUGACCCUGUUUUCCAGGCUGUACUAGUGCAGAAACUGCUU